AUGACCAACGUUGGAGGUAAUGGACAGGUCAACAACAUUAAAUCACCUUCAGAAUCUCGCGGUUUCUUCGAACGCAGUGCAGGUAAUUCUUUUUAGAUGCAGGAAUCUGUCCUUUCACUGUGGAGAUUAUAAUUUCGUACUAUUUUCAUUCUGGGAACUUUAUUUCUGCCAGAUUACAUUAUUUUAGGUAACAGUUUUUUCUAGUGCAAAAUAAUUGUGAAUACAGUAGUUUUUUCGUCAAAGUUUGGUGAUGUAUAGUGAAUUUUUACUUGAAGACAGGUUUAGAAGACAAAAUUAAUUCGAAAUCCACGUUUUUUCAGUUUCUGAUAUUGUUUUAGACAUCAAGUGGAGAGAUCCGAAAAUUCAGUGUUUCCCAUAAAUUUUGAUAAUUUUUUGGCCUAGGCUUUGUUGUUUUGCCUCACACUUGGUUUUACUUGUCUAAUAUAAAUUUAUUUCCAGAUAGACGACCUAACGAUGGAGAGCCUUCCGAUGCCGAAAAACACGCUGCGGCCAUGAAACGGAGACACGAAAUUGUUGAUCCAGCAACUGGUUUAUGGUAAGUAUUUGUUGUGUAGACCCUUUUCUCUCUUUAGGUACAACUUUAUAGUCGAGCAUUCCUUUUAGUUGCCAAGAGUUAUGGAAGUUUCGGGAAAGGGAGGCCAAAAAGGUGCUCGAUGCGCGAGUGGCCAGUCUUUCGAAUGAUAAAUGGACCGAUGGCGAUGUGGAAUCUAUCAUGGACCUUUUUUCUCGUCUAGAAGUGCCCGACAGCGCUGAUGUCCAGAAGAUUGUGGCCACAUUUCUCCAUUCUCACAACGAACCCGGGUCUAUGUUGGUAAGGAUAAUAUUUUUGAGGAAAUUUCAUGUAAUCGGAUUGAAAAUGAAAUGGGUUGACGUUAAAUAUGAUAGAAUAGACUGUGAACGAAGUGAUGAAAAUAUUUUCAGUGGCUUGGUCGGUAUCUCGACGCCACAUGUGGAGGGCCUUACGAAAAGGCCAAGUUGGAAGUCAAGCAUGUGUGGAAUGUCGAUCAUCCCGACAAUUGUCGUUUCAGAGGGGAGUUGGGGAAUAUGUGAGUUGCUUGUCCAGUUCAUUACGAGUAUUUUGACAUCUAAAUUUACUUCCUUUGCCUUAAAAUUUUCCUUUUUCAGCCACUUUUUGAUGCAUGGUACCCAUAAAUCGCAGGUUUAUCCCAUUUUGAAGGGCGCAGCUUCUCGGCCAGAGAUGAAUGCGCCGGUAAGUUGUUUUACAGUUUUUUGUUCGAUUUUUUAGAAUCCAUACCAUCGAAUUAACUUGAUUUACCACCUUCUCAAUGUUAUCCAUGACCAUUUUCCAGGCCAAAGCGGUUGCUGGAUCCGGGAUUUACUUCCAAACCAAUUCAUUGAAAGCUGCCAAUUUCACACUGCCUGGGGCAUACGGCAAGGCGAAGAAAGCGGAUCAACAGCUUGAUUUUCUGGAGGAUGGCGCCACCUUUUAUCUAUUCCUCUGCCAUGUCGCAAUGGGCAACACUGUGUACAUGCCGAAGACCAUGAGCAAGACGGAUGAUUACUUGAAUGAUAUCUAUCUCAAACACGAUUCUAUCGUGCUGGAAGGGCUUUUCGCACCGCAGAAGAAGCUUAUGUAAGAUUUUUUAUAUUACACUUGGUAAUGGUUUAAAAAAAUUUAAUUUUUAUGUUUUUCUUAAGAAAGCUGAUUAGUACUGGGACUUAUCAAGCUUUUACUAAGAUUUCUAAUCAAUUUCAAGUUAAAAUUUGCAAAAAUUUUCGAUAAAUUUAAGAUUUUUUGUUAUAAUAAGGCAAAAAGUUUCUGGUGAGAUUUUACCGUUUUGAGUCGCAAAAUGCCUUUUUUCUGCAUUAAACAAAAAUUUAGAUCACUGUCCAGAUAUUCAAAGUCAUUUUCGGUAAUUUCAGGCUAGACAACGACAAUAUCGCCCUCCCAUUGGGCCCAUUCGUCCGUCAGCCCGACCAAUCCUACGUUGAUGUUCAAUGUCGGCAGAUCUGCGACGACUACGUGGUCCGCAACUCCACGCAGGUCAGAUUUGCCUAUCUUCUGGAGGUUGUGUACCAUAAGCUUCUCGAAUAG